UAGCGUUUGUUGUGGGACUCAGAUGGUAUUUUGAUGCAGCAACAGGGUUUUCCUUUGUAGUUUUGUGGUCCUCGCUGUCCGCCCCUGCUGACUCACUAAUUCAGUGCAUCUUCCAGCAGAGUUGAUUGUGAGAUCGCAGGUCGAGAGGAUGACAGCUCAAGUGUACUGCUUGUUUAGUGCGGUUUUAUUGUGUAUGUCUGCUUGUUUGAGCACAACACACGCUGGAGUCCUAGUCUCCGGUCAGUGUCCGGCGAUGCUGACGGUCGUGCCGUCCCGUCGAGGAUGCACUUCUGAUAGAGACUGCUCUGGAGGACACAAAUGCUGUCAAUUUCCCUGUGGGCGCUCGUGUGUGCCGCCUGUUUUCACAAAGCCAGGAGAGUGUCCAAGCACAAAUUUUGGAGCAGAAACGUGUGCCGAGUUGUGUUACUAUGACAGUGACUGUCCGAACAAUGAGAAAUGCUGCAGCAAUGGAUGUGGACAUCAGUGUAUGGCUCCAUUUGCAGUGAGGCCUGCAGCCGAACCACCGAAGCCUUCCGCCGAAAUGCCGGAGCCUUCUGCCGAAAUGCCGGAGCCUUCUGCCGAACUGCCGGAGCCUUCUGCCGAACUGCCGGAGCCUUCUACCGAAAUGCCUGAGCCGGAGCCUUCUGCCGAACUGCCUGAGCCGGAGCCUUCUGCCGAACUGCUGGAGCCUUCCGACGAACUGCCAGAGCCACCUGCAGCCGAACCCGCGAAGCCUCCUGUGAAGCCUGCAGCCGAACCCGCGAAGCCUCCUGUGAAGCCUGCAGCCGAACCCGCGAAGCCUCCUGUGAAGCCUGCAGCCGAACCCGCGAAGCCUCCUGUGAAGCGUGCAGCCGAACCCGCGAAGCCUGCAGCCGAACCCGCGAAGCCUCCUGUGAAGCCUGCAGCCGAACCCGCGAAGCCUCCUGUGAAGCCUGCAGCCGAACCGGCGAAGCCUCCAGCGAAGCCUCCAUUGAAGCCUGCUGCCGAACCCGCGAAGCCUCCAGUGAAGCCUGCUGCCGAAUUGCCCAAGCCUCCAGUGAAGCCUGCUGCUGAAUUGCCCAAGCCUCCAGUGAAGCCUGCUGCUGAAUUGCCCAAGCCUCCAGUGAAGCCUGCUGCUGAAUUGCCAAAGCCUCCAGUGUGUGCCGAAAACUCAAAGCCAGGAGAGUGUCCAAGCACAAAUUUUGGAGCAGAAACGUGUGCCGAGUUGUGUUACUAUGACAGUGACUGUCCGAACAAUGAGAAAUGCUGCAGCAAUAGAUGUGGACAUCAGUGUAUGGCUCCAUUUGCAGUGAAGCCUGCAGCCGAACCGCCGAAGCCUCCAAUGAAGCCUGCAGCAGAACCGAAGCCUCCAGUGAGGCCUGCAGGCGAACCUCCGAAGCCUCCAAUGAAGCCUGCAGCAGAACCGAAGCCUCCAGUGAGGCCUGCAGGCGAACCUCCGAAGCCUCCAAUGAAGCCUGCAGCAGAACCGAAGCCUCCAGUGAAGCCUGCAGCCGAACCACCGAAGCCUUCUGCCGAACUGCCGGAGCCUUCUGCCGAACUGCCGGAGCCUUCUGCCGAACUGCCGGAGCCUUCUGCCGAACUGCCGGAGCCUUCUGCCGAACUGCCGGAGCCUUCUGCCGAACUGCCGGAGCCUUCUGCCGAACUGCCUGAGCCGGAGCCUUCUGCCGAACUGCCGGAGCCUUCUGCCGAACUGCCUGAGCCGGAGCCUUCUGCCGAACUGCUGGAGCCUUCCGACGAACUGCCAGAGCCACCUGCAGCCGAACCCGCGAAGCCUCCUGUGAAGCCUGCAGCCGAACCCGCGAAGCCUCCUGUGAAGCCUGCAGCCGAACCCGCGAAGCCUCCUGUGAAGCGUGCAGCCGAACCCGCGAAGCCUGCAGCCGAACCCGCGAAGCCUCCUGUGAAGCCUGCAGCCGAACCCGCGAAGCCUCCUGUGAAGCCUGCAGCCGAACCGGCGAAGCCUCCAUUGAAGCCUGCUGCCGAACCCGCGAAGCCUCCAGUGAAGCCUGCUGCCGAAUUGCCCAAGCCUCCAGUGAAGCCUGCUGCUGAAUUGCCCAAGCCUCCAGUGAAGCCUGCUGCUGAAUUGCCCAAGCCUCCAGUGAAGCCUGCUGCUGAAUUGCCAAAGCCUCCAGUGUGUGCCGAAAACUGUCACCAAACUCACCCUUAUGGCCAAUGUCCUGGCCAUAAGUAA